UUUCUUAGUGUUUUAAAAUGUGUAAAUUAUAACGAUUACAUAUUGCAAGUUUGCAACUUUCUUAGAAAGAUUAAUUCAAUGGUCAGUUCUUAACGAAAAUCUGUGGAGAUGCUUAAAACCCUAGGUGAAAUUUUGAUGAUGCGAAACAAAUAAGCGUUUUGAGGUCUAAAGAGAACAGGAACGUUUGGAAGUUUGAUUAAUCGGUGGCUUGAAUUGGAGACUCGAUGAUCAAAGUGGAGAAAUUGAUCUAGUUGAGUGGCCACAUUAAUUCGAAUUUUUUGUUCUAUGGAUUGAUUAAGAACAUUAGAGAUCUAAUUCCUGUGGUUCUAAAAUUCCCCCGAAGCAAAGGUGCGUGCAUCUUCCAUUUUUUUUUACCCCCGACCGAUAACCGUGUUCGCCGUUAGAAGUUCGAGCUCCUCCGUCCGGCGACGUGAUAGACGCCAUCGCCAUGUCUAUCGAUAUCAGAACCUUAAAGGAUAGGUAUAUUGAGUCUUGCAAUGCUUGUGAAACAGUUCCUAAUAAAGCAGUUCUAUCAGCUUUCUUUAAGGCUGAGAUUAAGAAAUCAAAUAAUGAAGAAUCCACCUUUGUGAUCUUCUUAGAUGACUUAAAAAGCAUCGACUUCCAUCCACUUUACAACAUCUUUCUCCAAAUUGAUCUAUCAGAGAUAGACACAGUUGACAUUCUUCAAAAGUCAUCAUGUUCUCUAGAUGCAGAUUCUGUUCUACUGUUACUACAUGCAAUAAACCAAAAACUUCGCAUUGUGGAUCUUCAAGACAGGACAUUUGGCAAAGAUUUCUUAAUGGGGAUUUCAUUAGGAGGCUUAUCAUGCCAAAUUUUAAACCUAAAGUUUUCACAUUUCCGGAAGAUCAAUAUGAUUGGGAAGUUUCUCCAGAUUCGCACUCUCAAUCUUGAUUUUAGUGCAUCACUAACAAAUUUCGGGAAAGAUUGUUUUUCUCAUAUGCCAAAUCUAAAAUCCCUUUCUUUAUGUGAAACAAAAGUAUCAAAUCUAUGGACUACAAGUGCAUCACUUGCAAAACUUCCAUCUUUAAUUGAACUUCGGUUCCAGAGUUGCUUAUGUUGUGAUGAUACAAGGGUAUGCCCUCGAUCUUUUGGCCCAAAAGAUAAUGAGAGCACUAGUUCAACUCUUUUAGAUCAUGGAAUUGAAAAGAUAACACCUUUUUUAACUACAGAAGACACAAGUUUGUUUUCCAAUUUGGAAGAUGAACUUUUUAAUUACAAUACAGUUCAUGAAACUGUAAGUGAAUCGGAUGAGUCAACGGAUAGUGAAGUUGACUUUUCAAAUACUCAUCCUGGAAUUAAGUUGUUGGAAGAUUUCACAUAUGGACCUAGUGCUUGGAAUGGAUUACUUGAUCUUCCUAAUGAGAUUUUUCCAAACACAUGGGGAUUAGAAGAAACCGAAGAAUCUUUUCCAAGUUCAUCAAUAUCAAGACCUAUUAGUAUACCCCGAAAAAAGCAUCUUUCAUAUCACCCUUCACCAAUAUGCUAUGAAAAACACUAUAGAGAAUACUUAAUCUCCUCAUUUCCUAAUUUAAAAGUCCUCGAUAACAUCCCAAUAAAAAAAACCGAAAAAGAAAAAGCCUCCAUCAUCUACUCACAAAAAUUCGAGCAUCUCCCAUACAAAAGAACAAACAAAGAAAACGUUGUCACCAUACUUCAAAACCGCGAAAUCAAACAAAAGGGUAUUUAUGGAAAGUCACAAUAUUCUUAUCCAAGAUCACUUGAUGCUUCCAAAGUUGGGUGUGCAGUGUUGCCUUGUUUGCAUCCACUUUCUUUAAGUUGUAGCAACAAUGUGAUAAUACAAAGAGGUGAUGGAAGAAAAUUUCGUCCAAGACAAUUUGAAUAUCAUCCGAAUAAUCCAAGUCUUAUGGUUAUUGGAACUUUGGAUGGAGAAGUUGUGGUUGUGAAUCAUGAAAGUGAGAAAAUUGUUAGGUUUAUUCCAUCACAUGGAGAAAUGAAUAGUGUUCUUGGAUUAUGUUGGCUUAAAAAAUAUCCUUCUAAGCUUAUUUCCGGUUCCGACAACGGUUUACUGAAACUGUACGACAUCCAACAUUCCGAUUCCGAUUCCGGUUUCCCCCGAACUCCGGAAUCAAAUUCCUUCGACGAGUUUGACCAGUUGACUUCAGUCCACGUGAACUCAAGCGACGAACUAUUCCUCGCAAGUGGCUACUCAAAACACGUUGCUUUAUACGACAUCAACACCGCUAAACGCCUCCAAGUCUUCACCGACAUGCAUCAAGAACACAUAAAUGUCGUUAAAUUCGCAAACCAUUCACCAUCCAUGUUUGCCACGUCAUCAUUUGACCAUGAUGUUAAAAUGUGGGAUUUAAGACAAAAACCCAUUCACCCAUGUUACACGUCCUCUAGUGGUCGAGGAAAUGUCAUGGUUUGUUUCUCUCAUGAUGAUCAUUAUCUUCUUGCUUCCGCUGUUGACAAUGAGGUUAAACAAUUAUUGGCGGUUGAUGGAAGGCUUCAUUUGGACUUUGAUAUAGCACCAACGGGAAGCUCUCAGAAUUAUACGCGUUCUUAUUAUAUGAAUGGAAGAGAUUAUAUUUUAAGUGGGAGUUGUGAUGAACACGUGGUGAGAAUUUGUUGUGCUCAAACUGGAAGACGCCUUAGAGACAUUUCAUUAGAGGGAAAAAGUUCCGGAUCUUCCAUGUUUGUGCAAUCUUUAAGAGGAGAUCCAUUUAGAGAUUUUAAUUUGAGUGUAUUGGCGGCUUACUUGUCUCCAAGCUCAAGCCCAGAAAUUGUAAAGGUCAACAUGUUGACUUCGAAGGAUGCAGAAAAGGAAUUGUUGGAUGAUGAGCCGAUGCGUGUAGGAAUUGGUAUGGGAGGAGCGUGAAGUGUGUGUGUAUAUAUGUUGUGUAGGAUGAGAAAUGAUGGAGGAUAUGAAUGUGAAUGAUUGUGAUGUGUAGAAUUGGAAAGUAAUGUGUGUAUGUGGGUUGUUGUAUCAAUGUAUUAGAGAAGAUAAGAAGAGAGAAAUGUGUAUGUUGGUUGGAUAGUGUUUCUAUAUGUAAUAUGUAAUGGGCUUUUUAUAUUUA